AUGAACGGCAGCACCGCUUUCCACGAGAACUUUGCCAGCUUUAUCUACCGGCCGGGCAAGUCCAAGGGCCAGCGACGGACAGACCCCAUGUUCAAGGAGGCCAGCGACGUGCUCUCCACGGCUCUUGCCCUCAAGCAGCGCAACAACGAGGAUGGCAAACCUAUCGCCAAGAGCGGCUGGUGGUGCUGGAGCUGGCGAGUCACCGCCACCGGGGGCUAUGCUAAGAAAUUCCCGGAUAAAACAUCCACAUGGGGUGUCGCUACUGGCUUCAAGCUGCUGUCGGGCUCGACCCUGGACUUGGCAACGCUCAUGAGCCAGAAUGAUCCGGGCUAUAACUUCAAGACCUCUGUUGCCCUUACCAUCGGCUAUGUGCCGGACAUGCCAGGGGUUGCAGGAGUCCGUGCCGGUGUUUCCGUCGGGGGAACGCUCUCGCUGGGACCUGGCAAAAUCGAGAUCAAGAUCACCCUUGGCUUGGGCAUGUCUGCAGCCGUGGAUGCCAAGUGGACCAACAACAUGCUCUGCGGUGGGCCCGAGGUCAUUGGUGUCGCUCCCUGGGACUUCAAGUGCCGUGGUAGUGUAGCGGCUGCUUUUACACUGUUCUGCAAGAAGCUGAACUUCUUGGAUGGCAGCAACGGUGCUACAAUGGAUGAUCCCUGCUCUACUUGGAACAAGUUCUACAAGCAGAACAACGGAGAUGCAGACAUGCCCGGCCAAGGCAGGUCGCAUGAGAAGAAUGCAGACGCGUGCAGAGAGCGCUGCAAGACCGUACGCGGCUGCCAGCACUACUCCUUCUGGAAGGACGGGGGCUGCCACCUCCAGAACUGGGACUCGCACAGGAAAUGGAAGCGUAACUCCGGCAUCAUGACAGGACCUCCUGUUUGCUGCGCCAGGCCCUCCAGCUCAAUCAAGAAGGACAUGUCGGGGCAGGGAAGGAGUGGCGAAGCAGAGUACAUGGGCUGCUGGAAUCGUUGCAAACGCGUGAAAGGCUGCCGAUAUUUCACCUACUACGGGAAGGACGGCGGCUGUCAUCUCGGAGACCGGAACGUCGGCAUCGACCACAACAGUGGCCAGGGCGGCCGAAUCGUCACUGCUGAUGCAUAUUGCAUGGACGAAACCCUGAAGCAACACAAUGUGGUCGGCUUGUUCAACAAGGAGCACAAACGGUUCAUCCGUGUGACCGGCGACCGCCACGUUGAUGCCAGCGGUCGCCGCAACGAUGGAACGCUUCCAGGAGAUUGGGAGUGGGAGAAGUUCACAGUCGUGGAGGCCAAUUGGGGACAAGUAGGCCUCUACUGCACCCAUUUGAACCGAUUCUUGAUGAUGAAGGACGACGGUUCGAUGGGGGUCAGCGAGUGGAGGAAGGUCGACCAGCUGUGGGACGGAGACUCGUGGAUGUUGUUCCGACCAGUGGAAGCUGGCGAUGGAUACUUCGCUUUCCACAACGAAGCGCACAACCGCUACAUUCGGAUGAACCCCGACAGGGUGGUUGAUGCAAGCAACCCGAAGGGUCGUGACGACCUUCCCGACUGGUGGGGUCAGGAGCGCUACAAAAUUGUGGACGUCUGA